AUGAAAAACAUCAGAGAAGUACAAAGAAAAGACACAAGCAUUCUCGUUCAUAUGAAGAUUCCGAGAUUUGUAGGCAUUGCAAAAGGGACAACAGCAGUGACAGGUGUACUAAUUCAUCUGAAGAUUCUGAACCUGACAACCACCAUAGAGAUGUCCAGCGCAGACGCAAGCAUUCUUUUACAGUUGAGGAUUCGUAUCAUGAAAAACAUCAUAGAAGUAGAAAGGUCAGACAGAAGCAUUCUCAUUCAUAUGAAGAUUCCAAAAUUGAUAGGCAUUGGAGAAGGGACAGGAGCAGAGAGAGCUUGA